AUGUGCACGCGUUGCCGCUGCACGCUGCUGCUGCUGCUGCACGCUCACCUAGUCGGAGUCGGCGAGGUUGACGACAGGCGCCGCAGCGGGCGCGCGCUGCAACGGCGGGCGCCCGCGCUCGCCGAGCAUAAUCUCGCGAGAGCGCUGCUGCUGCACGCUCACCUAGUCGGAGUCGACGAGGUUGACGUCAGGCGCCGCUGCGGGCGCACGCUGCUCUGGGCGGCCGCGCGGGCGCCCGCGCUCGCCGAGCAUGAUCUCGCGCGAGCGCUACUGCUGCACGCUGCUGCUGCUGCUGCACGCUCACCUAGUCGGGUCGGCGAGGUGGACGACGUCAGGCGCCGCCGCGGGCGCGCGCUGCAGCGGCGGGCGGCCGCGCGGGUGCCCGCGCUCGCCGAGCAGGAUCUCGCGCGAGCGCUGCUGCUGCACGCUGCUGCUGCUGCUGCACGCUCACCUAGUCGGAGUCGGCGAGGUUGA